CCCCGUUCCCAAACCCAAGCGAAAUCUCUGGCAGGGUUGCACGGACGGAUGCGGCGGCACAAUGCCCAGAGAAUUCAUCCCCUUUCUUCGUCGCCAGGUCGCGCGGUUGCCAGCAAAAUUGACAAAAAGUCUUGGAGUCUGGUUCUUGGUUCCGUCGGUGUGCGGCUUGGGACUGGAGGGGGGUUCGGACGAGGAAAACGGCGCCGCGCUCCCACCAGCAACUUUUCUUCUUCUUCUUCUUUCUCGAUGGGUCGAGUCGAACCAAGGAUAGGUAACAGAAUCGGCAUUGUCAAGUUGUCCGAUGCGGCCGGUUCGUCGUCUGGGCCGUGGGUCGUGAGGAGGAGGACCGGCGUGAGGGUCUGGUCCCCCGACGCGAACGAUCGAGGUGGUUCGCUUUCCCCCCACACCGCCCUGCUGAGCGAGCUACUUGGUCAAGAAGAAAAUGGCUUGACGAAAAGACAGUCCUUAGGAGGGGAGGGGGGAGGGGACGACGUGGUGGUUAUGUACUGCAGUGCAAAGGGGAGCAGGUACAGGUUCACACAUUAAACAACGUAAACUAGAUGGUGCCUUGCGCCCCAAUUCUCCUCCC